AUUACCUCUUCAAGGUGGCUCUUAUCGGCGAUUCUGGAGUAGGGAAGUCCAAUCUACUCUCGAGGUUCACCAGAAACGAGUUCAGCCUCGAAUCCAAGGCGAGCUUGGAUGUUAGGGAGCUAUCGAUUCAGUUUGGUUGCGUUAGACUCGUCUCUUUUGUGCAGAAGGGAUUGUCACCAGAAGUUGAUGCCACAUUCCAGGAGGAGCUCAUGAAUUAUACCAUGGGCAGAAGUCAUAUGCUGAACCUGUGCCAUUUCAAGGACAAGUCAAGCCCGAAUGCUUGGGACUAUUCUUGUUGGGUACGCAAUUAUGCUUUAUACAUUGAGGAGCGUCUUGAGUGCUUUCGCAUAGUGAAGUAUGAUGUCGAGACUGGAAACACUAGAACAUUGGAUCUUGACACUGUUGACUUGCUUGAGCACUUACCUUCUCUACAACAGCUUCUUCUUCGCCUGCUUGGCUGCCAGCCAGAGGGAGCAGCUAUUUACAAUAGUGUGAUUCAAUAUGCACUUUCAAUUGUUGCCAGUGAAAGUACAAAGAUAUACAAUGCAAUCACUGGUUGUACUCUCAAUUUGGUUGACAAGUUUUUUGAGAUGCAGCGUAAUGAUGCCCUCAGGGCACUCGAAAUUUACCGAAAGGCCGGAUAUCAGGCGGAAAGGCUGUCUGAAUUCUAUGAAAUUUGUAAGGGCCUUGAGCUUGGGAGGGAGCUGAAAUUUACCGAAACUGAACAACCGGAUGUAUCCUUUAUUGAUGCAAUGGAGGAGUAUGUGAAGGAUGCAUUACGCACUCAACCAGCUAACCUAAAUGUGGUGGAUGCUAAUAAAAGACUACCUGCUCCUAAACCCUUUAUGGGUAUCGAGCAUAAGAAAGUGGACUCUAAUGAUGACAAGCAAGAGGCAAUAGCUGCUGUUUCAGUAUCCCCAGAGCAAAUUGCAGCUGAGACUCCCAAAGCUUCAGUUCCAGCACAAACAGAGGUUCCUGAUCUUCUGGGCUUGGAUGACGCCAGCCAGGGAGCUGCAGAGCUAGAAGAGAAUAACGCCUUAGCUCUUGCCGUAGUUCCGAGCAGUGAUCCAUUAGAUAGUACAAGUGCCGAUCUUAUGGGUGAAACAACUGGGUGGGAACUUGCUUUAGUCACUGCGUCAACUUCCAAUAGAAGUGCUAUUGGAGAGAGCAAACUGGCUGGGGGUUUGGACAAGGCGACAUUGGACAGCCUCUACAAUGACGCAAUCUCAAGAAGAGCAAACUACCAUUUGGGCCAGGUGGCUCCAAACCCUUUCCAUGUUUCUCAAUUUUCCCGAGAUCCUUUUUACGCAUCCAAUGGCAUAGCAGCACCAGCCAACGUUCAAAUGGCAACCAUGGGUCAACAACAAGCAGUAACGAUGCAAGGGCAGCGGCGGCAGCAGCAGCAAUCUCUGGGCCAGGAGAACACCAAUCCUUUUGGGAACCCUUUUGGUCCUGCUGACAUUUCUUCUUACCCACAUCAGAAUCCAUACAAUGGCUUAAUGUAGGGCGAUUUUGCGUUAUUGGGUACAGUUCAGAUUCUCAGAGGUGUAGAUAUUUAGGGUGGGAGGUUAGCUUAUGGGUUGUCAUCGUUUCCGCUUCCUUGCAUAUAAUUUUUUCAGUUGGGUCGGUUAUAGGUUUCUAUUAUAUUGAUGGCCCUAUUAUGCUGUAAUCUUUGAUUAGCGUGGCUGAACCAUUCCGUUGGCGUUCUUAUUUGCUGAAGAUCCGGGAAUGUAAAGUCUCAUAUGGAAAAUGAUGCUUUCAAACGGGCGGCAUCUCAGAUGGCUUUGCUUGAAGGUCACCAACCUUUUCUUCUAGUUCUCCCAGUCUUUUCAGUACAGAUGAAAGCAGGUUAGCUUCUGUGGAUCCAGAUGCUGGUGAUGGGGAAUCGGAACCCUCC